UGCAUUCUGGGAGUGGUAGUUGUCGGAGCUCGAAGGAGAAUGGCACCAGGCGGGAGCAGGACGCGGAGAGAACUACAUGCAGGAGGCGGGGUUCAGGGCAAAGAAUCUACGCGUCUAGCAGUGGCGAAGGCAACUACAGCAGCAGCAUGAAGCGAACCCCGACCGCGGAGGAACGAGAGCGCGAAGCUAAGAAACUGAGGCUUCUGGAAGAGCUUGAAGACACUUGGCUUCCUUAUCUGACCCCCAAAGAUGAUGAAUUCUAUCAGCAGUGGCAGCUGAAAUACCCCAAACUAAUUCUCCGAGAAGCGGGCAGCGUCCCUGAGGAGCUCCAUAAAGAGGUUCAAGAAGCUUUUCUCACGCUGCACAAGCACGGCUGCUUGUUUCGGGACCUGGUGAGGAUCCAAGGCAAAGAUGUGCUCACUCCAGUAUCUCGCAUCCUCAUCGGGAACCCCGGCUGCACCUACAAGUACCUCAACACCAGGCUCUUUACCGUACCCUGGCCGGUGAAGGGCUCUGACGCAAAGUACAGCGAGGCGGAAAUAGCUGCCGCCUGUCAAACCUUCCUCAAGCUCAACGACUACCUGCAGAUCGAGACCAUCCAGGCUUUGGAAGAACUUGCUGCCAGAGACAAAGCCAAUAUCGAUGCCGUGCCGGUGUGUAUCGGUCCAGAUUUCCCCCGGGUCGGCCUGGGGUCAUCCUUUGAUGGACAGGACGAGGUGGACUUUAAGAACAGGGCCGCGUACAACGUAACUCUGUUGAAUUUCAUGGAUCCCCAGAAGAUGCCGUACCUGAAAGAGGAACCGUAUUUUGGCAUGGGGAAAAUGGCUGUGAGCUGGCAUCAUGAUGAAAAUCUGGUGGAAAGGUCAGCGGUGGCAGUGUACAGUUAUAGCUGUGAAGGUCCUGAAGAGGAAAGCGAGGAUGAUCCUCAACUCGAAGGCAGAGACCCUGAUAUCUGGCAUGUUGGUUUCAAGAUCUCGUGGGACAUAGAGACACCUGGUUUGGCAAUACCCCUUCACCAAGGAGACUGCUACUUUAUGCUUGAUGAUCUCAAUGCCACCCACCAACACUGUGUUUUGGCUGGCUUACCACCUCGGUUUAGUUCCACUCACCGAGUGGCAGAGUGCUCGACGGGGACCUUGGAUUAUAUCUUACAGCGCUGCCAGUUGGCUCUGCAGAAUGUCCGCAAUGAGGCAGACAAUGGUGAAUUCUCUCUGAAAUCCUUAGAGCCUGCUGUCUUGAAACAAGGUGAAGAAAUCCACAACGAGGUCGAAUUUGAGUGGCUGAGACAGUUUUGGUUUCAAGGCAAUCGAUACAAAAAGUGCACCAAUUGGUGGUGUCAACCCAUGACUCAGCUGGAGGAGCUGUGGAAGAAGAUGGAAGGUGUGACAAAUGCUGUGCUUCAUGAAGUUAGAAGAGAGGGGGCCCCAGUGGAACAAAGGAACAAAAUCUUGACCGCCAUUCUCGCUGUGCUCACCACCCGCCAGAACCUGAGGAGGGAAUGGCACGCCAGGUGCCAGUGCCGAAUUGCCCGAUCUCUCCCCGCGGACCAGAAGCCAGAAUGCCGGCCAUAUUGGGAGAAGGAUGAUCCUUCGAUGCCUCUGCCGUUUGAGCUCACAGACAUCGUUUCAGAACUCAGAGGUCUGCUUCUGGAAGCCAAACCCUAGAGAAAGGGCACAAGUCUUGGGUGGAGGAGGAACGGAUAUUUCUGGCUUCUCUCCUCCAACCUUGUCGUGGGCUCAGUCCAGGGCAGGGUGGGUAGACUUGGCCUUGAGAUCCUAGAACCUGGGUCCCAGUGGGAAACAGCUAGGGAAAGGAGCCCAUGAAUAUUAAAGUGGUUAAAAAUGAUACAGUCUUAUAGCGAGUUGGUAAAUUAAACAAGAACCUCCCCCCCAAAAUGCUUCCCCACUUGGAUUUUUUAACGCAAGCCAUUCGUCUCCCAAGGCCUGGGAAGUGACAGGAGUAAGCCCGGCCUGUGGCGGAGCCUAACCUCCUUUCCUCUUGCCCGAGCCUUUUCACAGACCCUGCAGGGGAUGACUCAAAAGUCAUCUGGGCGAAGACCGAAUUUAGAGGUGUUUAGCCCAUUUUCUCACCGCACCCUUUAGAGGUUAUGCUGUCCAAUAUGGUAGCCACUAGGCAGAUGUGGCUUCUUAAAUUUCAGUUCAGUUUCAGCUGUAAUUAACAAUUCAGCUCCUCAGUUGCACUAACCACAUUUCAAGUGCUUAAUAGCCAUGUGUGGCUAGUGACUACGAUACUGGACGGCAUAGACUCAGAACAUUUUCAUCACUGUAGAGGGUCCUCCUGGACAAUACUUCUAUCAAAAGUUUGAGAGCGGGAGAUUCUGUUUUCCGAUUCUGUGUAGCCACUCUCUGUACAGGCGCAAUAAAUUAAAAGAGAAAUGCCUCCUUGAAGAGUAGCCUCCUUCCCUUCUCUAAGACAGCCCUCAGGAAAAGCCUGGGUUAUGAGUCUUGUACUCUGCACACAGGAAUGGAGAGACAUUGAAAAUUAAAGUAGACAUCCCGUCUUCAGGAAGUUUCCCUGAUCUAAUGAAAGGGUCACCGCCCUACUUGCAUUGCUUCAUGGCUGUAGCCAGCAAACUACAUAUUUUUCUACAAUUCCCCCAUUCGCACAUAGUGAUUAAUGGAACUGAGGCUUGAAGAACCCUAGUGCCCCAUCCUGAUGAUGUUGGAGCAGCAGAGAGAUGAUACAGAGGUUGAAACUUGGGCUUUGGUUUUUGAGUGCCUAGAUCAAAACACCCACUAGCUUGUGACCUUUGGUGUGUUACUGUGCCUCAGUUUCCUCAUCUGUAUAAUGGGCAUACUAAAGGCACCAAAUCACGAGGUGAAGAUGAAAUGAAAUGACCAAGCUAUAGACUUAGUACAAUUUCUGACCCAUAGUGAAAUAUCCAGUAAAUAUUAGUAUUAUCAUAUAUCAGUAAGCUGACCUGCUGUAGGCGUGUUCCUGUCCCUCCCUCAAGCCUUGUGCCAGCUCUGUCUCGUGAUGCCAUUAACACAUCUCUCCCUUUUGGGCCUGGCUCCCACCCUUUGGUGACCCUGGAAAUCACAAAAAUAGUUAGCCUCUCUCCCCAGCCUGUGACCGUCUCUGUACUUGUUUGCAGUAGUCCGGAGAGCUUUUUGGCCCCUCAAGAGGCACACUGGGAACCAGGCUCUCUCCCACCAUCAGAAUCUCAGUGGUUCAAGGUGUGGGUUCUUUCACACAGAAUUAACCACAGAGAGACCACAGUACACAAAGCAGCUGGGGUUUCAUCAUCUUGAAACUCCAAUCUCAUAGCCCUUAGAUGAAUUCCCUGAUGUCCUCGAGCCUCCAUCCCCUCGUCAGUGAAAGAUGAAGCGCUGCUUCGCUGGGUUGUGGGAGGGGUGAAGUGAAAUCUCGUAGGUAAGGAGUGUGGGGCAAAUAGACGUCACCAACGGGGCAGCCUUGGGGCCAUCUCGCCUAGUGUUUUUAUUUAGCUCCACGAUGUCCAUCCCUUCUUAUAGUUCAUUAGGUGCCGACAUUUAAAAUUGGGAGAUUUCUUAUAAAAUAAAAAUGUGUGCAUUCUCUUUAGAAUUCAGAACACCUGCAGCCCUAGCCUCCAUUCUCGCAUGGCAAAGAGCUAGGUAGCAUCCUGCCCCUCUUAGGUGAGCCAUGAACCCUCCGUGGUCUCCAUGGCUCCCUCUUACCAUUUAUUGUGAACCUGACCGGCUUUACCCCUUCAUGUCAGCACCCUCCAGACCUGCUUGCCUGCACCCCUAGAGUAGAAAUAAAUGUUUAGUGCCUACCCCAAUAUCUUUGUAUUACUCUCGAGCUGUGUUUUUGGACUGCUUGUACUAAUAUGUCGUGUGCAUCGUGCAACAUUCAUGAACAAUAAAAGUAUUAAAAGGAUGAGAUCAGAAA